AUGACGUCACCAACCCCGAAGACCAGCCCCCGAGGACCUAAUGACGUGGAACAUGCGAUAACCCACCCUCAGCGUCUCAAGGUUCGGUAUCUGCGGUCUGCCGUACCUCGCUCCAUCAUAGGGGGUGGGUUCCCACUACGGCCGGGUGCUGUCAGCUUCCUGAGAAGACACACUACUCUAGGAAGGACCAUGUUGACAGAACAAAGCUCUUUGAUCAGAGCGAACAGACAGUGGCAGCGUGCAUCUGAUCGCAGUACCUCUGAGGGCGGAGGGUGGAGCCUUCAGUUUACGACCGUGCCAAAGGGAGCGGGAGGUUUAGGGCCUAUCAACAUCAGCUGA